AUGGCUCGCCCGGCGCCGCGGCGCGCCGUGCUCGCCGUCGUGGCAGUGGUUGUGGGACUCCAUGCCUCCAGAGGCUUCCUUGGCGGCCUUGUCAACUCGGCCCACGGCGACUUUCAAGGAGAUUUUCCAACGCAGGGCCAGGCCUCAAGCCUCUUUACUGGCCACCGGCCUGGUGCCAGGACGGUACAUGUCAUCAUGAAGGCAGGUGCCGAGGAAGAGAGCCUCCAGUCUGCCAUCAAAGGCGGGAACAAGGACAGGAUCCAGAAGGCGAUCGAGGGUCUCCCGGACCCUGGCAAGAGCGCCAUGAAGGAGAUCGAGGGUGACUGGCAGGUCACCUGGGACUCUGGCAGCCUCGGCCCCACGAAGAAGACUCUUCUAAAGUUGGUUUGCGACCAGCUGCCGAACACAAUGGUCGAAUUCUACAGGCAGUACAACCUGAUUCAGGACGGCAAGUACUACUGGCUGCAGGCCUUCACGAUGGACGGCAUCCAGAGGACGAACGCCGCGCUACUGAUGUCCGGCCCAUUCAAGGCCGGCAAAGGCAACACGGGCACCGUGGACUUCAACGAGGUCCAGAUCGUGCCCUCCCGGCACGGCUCCGCGGAGAGCCGGGAAGCCAUCCGCUCCACGGGGCUGGACAGAUACAUGAAGCCGCUCAAGCUCAAGGAUGGCGGCAAGGUGGAGGUUACAGUGCACUACGUCAGCGACGAGACCUUGGUCCAAGAAGACGAAGUGGGCAACACCUACGUCUUCAAGAGGAUGUCGGACUCCUAUCCCGUUCCUUAUAUUUUCGCAGACAAGAAGGCGGAGAGCUGA